AUGGGCGCGUCGGCCAGCCGUGAGCCCCCGAAGGCGGUGGUAUCGGAGACCACCGCGGAUGUGCUGGACGUCCAGGUGCCGGCGUGGCUCUCGGACCUCAGGCGCGAGCGCCGCCCUCGGUACCGCACGGACGCGUAUCGGUUCGACGAGCUGAUUCGCGCGCUCGUGAAGCAGCCCGCGUGGCCCGAGGGUUCGCCCGGGGACGGCCCGCUGGAGAUGAUCCACGACGUCGGACCGACGGGCGCACUACCCGCCACGGCCCCGAGGUUUGGCAAGAUCAUGCACGCGUUCAGGCACGCCGGAUGGAAGAUGCCGCCGGAGUGGAGGCUCGCCAUGCGGCCGGGCGAGGAACGGAGAUCCUUCAAGGCUUUCCAGACGACGCCGGAGUGGAUCGCGUUCAUGGAGACAUACGCGCGAUUCGUCCGCGAAGAGGUGGCGCCGCUCUGCGGGGACCCGGCUGGAGUGGUAUACCAGUGCCCGCCGACGCUACGGAUCGCCAUGCCGUCCGUGGCGCCCACGAUCGCGCUGCACAGGGACCGAGACUACCCUCGACACCAACCCGCGGAGAUCAACUUCUGGGUGCCGGUGACCGCAGUGGCGGGGAACAGCGCGCUGUGGGUGGAGAGCGACCCGGAGCUCGGGGAUUUCCAUCCGGUGGACAUGGAACCCGGUGAGUUCCUGAUGUUCGACGGGCACAACUGCAGGCACGUGACCAAGCCAAACGACACGGGACGGACUCGGGUGAGCUUCGACUUUCGGGUCGUGCCGCAGUCGCUGUACGUGGAGGUGCUGGGACAGGGAGGUAAGCGCAAGAUAGGCGAUUACUUCGUCGACAGCACGGGACCGGUGGAGCUCAUCGGGAGGGGUGGAGGUGGCGAACAGACGACGCCGGGUUGA